AUGUUGUGGGCUUCGAGGAAGAAGAAGAUUACUCCCGUUCGGUCUUCUACUGUCGAAGUUGAGGGAGAGGAGGUCCCUGAAGUCACUAGACCUGUGACUAGCCCCGUGGAAGAGGAUCGUGAUGAAGAAGAGACCGAUGAGGAUGAAGAGACCGAUGAGGAUGAAGAGACCCAUGAGGAGGAAAGGAUCGAUACACUCCUGAUGAUAGAUUUUUCUUUGUUGUCUCCUAAUGAUGAUUGGGAACCGGUGUCUGAUCCUGUUGAUGAGGAGACUAACGAUGCUGAAAGCUCCGAUGGGGAAGAUGAUGAGGAGCGGGCUGCCAGAGAGAAGAAAUGCAAGGAAACUGUCGUGGAUGAUUCGGGGAAUUUGUUCAUUCCGUGA